AUGUUUUGCCGUAGCCCGGCCAGUCGCUUCAAGUUUCCAAGGUCGUCAAACCCUCUGUACCCGCUCCGGAGAAUGGCUUCGCAGCCGGCCAAGAGGGUCCGCACCGGCUGUCUGAAGUGCCGGGUCCGACGGAGAAAAUGUGACGAGGGAAAGCCUCGCUGUCAGCGAUGUAUAUCCGGUGGCUUCGAUUGUCAAUACGGCACGAGGCUGUCGUUCCUGGACAAAAAUGCAUUCACAGUUAACGAGCCAGCACCGCCCGUGAAGGAGAACGCUGCCGCUCCCAGCUACCGGAAGGUGCAAUUUGUGGAUGAACCUUCGAACAAGGAUUCGCAUCAGGAGCACGAUGCUUCGGAUCCAGCCGGCCAGCAGUCCUCACUACCAAGCCGUGGUGAAUCAUCUGUGCCCAAGGCGGCCAUUGAGACAUCAAAUGGGCGUCGACAUAGUAGCCCUGUAGGCGGCCAUGACCAACUUCACGAUGAACAGCAGGCACCCACCACUUUUGGCGGCUGGAAUUCUAGCAUACUCAGCUCCCCUGUAACUAGUGGCGGUGAUCAAAUCGCACUUGAUGCUCUUCUUUCACUUGGAAAUGAGCAUGCGACUGCUUUUGUGGAUAGCAACCUCCGUCGCAGUUCCGUCGCAUCCAUACCACUCAUACAGGCCGAAAUCCCGGCCCACAUCGAGGAUAAUUCUGUGAACGCUGGGGGCUCUUCACAUGACAUACCUGUCAAUAUCAACCCACCAGAUCAUGGUAUUCCUGAUAUCCUGACCUUCAGCCUUCUGAAAACGUACCGAUAUGAGUUGGCCCCAUGGCUCGAUAUAUGCGACCUUGGCCAGACGUUUGGCAUGGCUGUUCCUUGCCUAGCCACAGAGUCGGGCCCUGUUCUUCAGAACAUCCUCGCCCUCUCCGCAGCAUUUACGGGUGCAUCUUCGAAAGAUGGUAGAACACACAUCCCCAGUGGCUUGGCGCGCUUCAAUGAAAGCAAUACAGACCCUGAAGAGAGACUUUUGUGCAUGAGUCUCAGCCGAGCUGGGGGUAUUUUCAACGGGGAUUUUGGCCUGAACGACGGUCUGGAUAUACACAACAUACUGAGGACGGCACACCAAGAUAUUGGAUCGACCUUGGCAUCCCCCGUCCCAGUUGCUUCUUAUUAUGUCCUUAUUAGACUAGUUGUGAGCAGAGGAUUGAUGCAUGAAACGCCGGUCCCGAUCCCUGUGCGUAUGCCUGGAGUACUGCCCUCCCACUGGCAUCGGACCGAGCUCGCCAAGCAAGUCUUCCAGUGUGCACAUGCGCCGCUCAUCCUUUGCAUCCGCGUCAUGAAUUUCUGCUGGGGCGAGACCUCAGAUCGGCUAGGUCCUUCUGGCGAUAUGGUCAGGAAUUGGAGGUCUCUUGUAGACGACUUGAACACCUGGUUCACCAAUCGCCCUCAAGAGUUUAUGUCCAUGGUCGAAAUCGACAACGCCGACGACGGCUUCCCUGUCAUUCUCUUUACAAGCGGCGCGGCUGUGUUUGGGAACCAACUAUACCACACCGCCAUGUUUCUCUUAUUACGGCACAAGCCAAGAACAGUCAUCCUGCCCAGUAGACAUCGGUCAUCCACCAUGUCAACACUCUGGCAUGCUCGACGUAUAUGUGGGAUAGCUCUGAAUAAUGAUCGUCGAGAGUGUUGGGACACGAGCCUGGUCGCAUCCCUGCUUGUGUCAGCUAGAACCAUGACACAUGAGGCGCAACACCGCGCUCUACUUGCUGGGAUAGACAAGGUGGAAAACUUGACAGCCUGGAAAUUGGAUUCUGUUCGCAAUAUACUGAAAAUGGAAUGGGGGGUAUGA